CCCUUACCCCCUGUCCCCGCAAAUAUAACCCCAUAAACCCUCAAAACCCUCGAAAAAAUCUCAAAGCUCUUAAAGAAAACUUCAUCAAUGGCCUCCAAAAUCACCAAAUCCAUCUCUCGAACUCUCAAAACUUCUCGCUUUUAUAACUCUUCUCAUCGCCUACUCUCCGCCGCUUCAUCACCGUCAAUUACUCAACCGCCGCCUCUUCCCGCCGUCGGAUCUUCACCGCAGCCGUCUUUUCUGCUAUCACACUCCCUUUUACCAACUAACCCUAAUGGAAUCAAACCGUUCAGUCUCAAUACGGUUCGGCUCCGAGUGAACCGGUCCGGCAGCUCGCCUUACACUCCAGGAACCGGCGACCGAGCUCCGACAGAGAUGGCACCACUGUUUCCGGGAUGCGAUUACGAGCACUGGCUUAUUGUUAUGGAUAAACCUGGUGGAGAAGGAGCUCAUAAACAGCAAAUGAUUGAUUGUUACGUCCAAACCCUUGCUAAAGUCCUCGGGAGUGAAGAGGAAGCAAAAAAGAAGAUUUACAAUGUCUCAUGUGAGAGGUACUUUGGCUUCGGGUGUGAAGUUGAUGAAGAGACUGCUAAUAAAAUGGAAGGUUUGCCAGGUGUUCUGUUUGUGCUGCCCGAUUCCUAUGUUGAUCCUGAAUACAAGGAUUAUGGAGCUGAACUUUUUGUCAACGGGGAGAUAGUUCAAAGAUCACCUGAACGACAGAGGAGAGUAGAGCCUGUCCCUCAGCGUAACGACAGAGUAAGACCCAAUAGAUACAACAGGCGCAGAGAUAACAUGCGAUGAAUAAUAUCAACGUAAGGAAGAUUCAGUGGGUUAGACUUGUAUUGCACGGUUGUGUGGAAGUUCAUGUGUUAGAAACUUGAUACUUUUGUUUCCAAGUCGGAACAUGUCUUUAAUUAAACUAUUGCCUGCAUUUGCUUUAUUUCUCAUUUCAAACCAGUAGUCCAUCUUCUCAGUUAUGAAGACUUGUCUUAAAAUUUGCCAGAUGUAUAUACUACUAUGAGAUAAUUUUAAAAAUCUAGUAGGAUUGUGUCUGUGCUAAUAUGCCAUUUUGGCAGUGAAACCUCUCUGUCAAAGGCUCUGCAUUUUGUGA